AUGCCUUUGAUGUUGCUUCUGAACGAUUUGCCUUUGAGUUGCCUUUUGAAAUGUGAUGCCUUGAGAUGCUUCGUAUUGCCUAAUGAUGAAGAGAUUCUGAAGGCAUUUGGUGGGUUUGGGAAAUUGGCUUUACAGGUUAUGUAUAUUCUGGUAUGGCUUGUGAUGUUUAUGCUUGUAUGUGAGUUGAAUGGUACAGGUUUUUGGUUAUGGCCUUUGACAGGUUUAAUGCUUUUCGUGUUUAAGGCUUGGCCUUGCUUGCUUCAGGCAGAACUUUCUUAUUCUAUCAAUCUCAGAAUCCCAAAAUCAUUCUUCUCGCAUAUCUCAUGUAGAAAGAAACUCAAUGAAGGAGGAAUUUUUUUUGGUUUGAGAGAAAUGUUUCAGACUAUGGAUAAUGAUAGAUAUGGUGUAAUGAAUUUCAAUGAACUGAAAGGUGUUCUUAGAAGGUAUGAUGGAAAUAUUUUUCAAAAAAUCAAGCCAAGUAAUACUUUGAAAUUGAAUGAUUGUCUUGGAUUUGAGACACCGCUCAAACUAUUGAAGAAUUAUUCAAGAAGCUACGAGGGUCAUGGCUUCUAA